AACUAUUUGAAUUUAAGAUAAAAUAGAACAACAUCGUUUUAGUGAUUUUUGUAAGUUUAAAAACUAGAUCUUUACCCUAGCCUGUGAUUUUUGCAGAUUUUUCACCAAAGCCAUGGCAUGUAUGCAAAGAGCAAGAACUUCACAGGAUACACAGAUCUUGCCCAGUCAGGUUGCCUCAGAGCAGCAGUCCUUGGUUGUGAUAAAGAAACUUCUGGCUAUUGCUGUGUCGGGCAUCACCUAUCUCAGGGGCCUUUUCCCAGAGACAGCCUAUGGGAGCAAAUAUGUUGAAGAUCAAAAAGUGAUGAUUCUUCGAGAGGCACACCUCUGUCCCGCGGCUUCUCAGAUUGUUCAGUGGAUGCAGGGAUGCUUUGACGCCAUCCAAAAGAAAUAUCUUCGGACAGUUAUUUUGUCUAUCUAUACUGACCCAGAUAAUCCUGAGAAAGUGACUGAGUUUUACCAGUUUAAGAUCCAGUAUACUACCAAAGGACCACAGAUGGACUUUGAAAGCAACAACAACAACACGGUGACGGCAAUGUCAUUUGGAAAUACUAAGAAGGCCAGCAUUCUCCUUGUGAGGAAGCUCUACACACUCAUGCAGAACCUGGGUCCUCUGCCAGAUAACGUCUGGCUAAACAUGAAGCUGGCAUACUAUGACGAUGUCACUCCUCAAGAGUACCAGCCACCAGGCUUUAAGGAAGCCAACUGUGGCACCAUGGAAUUUGAGAAAGAGCCCGUCAAACUGACCAUGGGUGAGGUGGUCACUCCCUUCCACACGCUGAAGUUGGACAUGGCUACAGAGCGACAGAGACUGGAGCAGAUGGAGGAGGAGAGUGUGCAAAGGCCAACAAAGUGGGUUCUGAAGAUGGAGGAGGAGGGUGUCCUGUUACAGAGUCAAGUAAUUGAAGACAUGGAGAAGUCUGAUAAUGACAGCACAGUCUUGAAGAACAAUGAUGAAGAGAAUCAGAUGAAUUGUCAGGUGGAGAAGAUGGAGAGUUGUGAGGAAUUCACAGAGGUGGACACUCUGGUGAAGAAGACCUGUGACAUGGAAGUAGGCCUGAAGAGGAGCAGGAGUGGACGGAUACUCAGGUCCACCAGGGAGACUCAAAUAAAUGUGAACAAGGAGACAUCUGUCAAGGCGAAAAUGAUUUCUCAGUAUGAGAUUCCCAACAGCCAGGAAAUGCCAGCUACCUCCAUUCCAAGGAAACGCAAAUUUAGUGAGCCCAAAGAAUGCAACUGACCUCACAACCCUAUGCUAACAAACCAGUGCGGCUGUAUUGAUUUUUGUUCAUGUUCCUUGCAGUUUCUGUAUUGACCGCAAGUUCUGUGGUUGUUUUUAAGGAGAAUUGUCAAAGCAACAGAUUUGUCUGCUUGUUUCAUAUAGUUUACAUGAAAUUAGAAAACUUGUGAACACAUUAAUUACAACCCUGUUUAGAUUGUUUUCAUUUUGUAAUGUAUGUUAGUUACAUUCUGUUCAUCGCUUGUAUAAAAUGCAAGAUGUCAGUUUGAAAAAAUACGAGGUGUGACGUGAUCUCGUGUGAUGACACUGUGUUUUAUAAAUCUAUAAAUCAGACUAUUGAUGGGGUAGAGCAUUGUGUGGAUCCUUAUGUCAGUAAUUGGGUCAUGUGUGGUGAUAUGUUGUGUUGUGACUUAUUCAGACAGAUAAAGGGGU